AUGUGUUUACGGUCCCUGCCUCCAUCUCUUGGUUACUUAACAAACCUUCUUACUUUGUGUUUAGAUGAAUGUGUAUUGCGGGAUGCAUCUGUGAUAGGUGAACUGAAGAGAUUAGAGGUCCUCAGCUUUCGUAGAUCUAUGAUAGAAGAGCUGCCAAGAGAAAUAGCGCAUUUAACUGGGCUGAAAUUGUUAGAUCUGAGCGACUGUGACAAACUCAAAGUCAUUCCGGCAAAUGUCAUAUCAAGGUUAUCCCUAUUAGAAGAACUGUAUAUGCUGGAGAGCUUUGGUCAAUGGGAGCUUCAAGGUCUCAACAGUUCAAACAAUGCAAGCCUUGCUGAAUUGAAAAACCUGUCUAGGUUGACAGCGUUGGAAAUAGAUGUUCCAGAUGUCAAGAUGUUACCGAAAGACUUAUUCUCUAAUAAGUUGGAAAGGUAUGAUAUUGUUAUCGGAAAAAAGAGGAUUCGGUUUAAUGAGUAUUUAUCCUCAAGAAGGCUGAGGAUUCGGCUUAAUACAGACAUUCAUCUGGAUCAUGGAGUUGAUUUGUUGCUCAAGAAAGCAGAAGUUCUAUAUCUAGAUAAUGUGAAGGGGAUCAAGAGCAUUUUGUAUGACAUGGAUCGGAAAGGGUUUCAGCGAUUAAAGCAUCUUGACAUCGAAAACAGUGAUGACAUUCAAUAUAUUAUUAACUCAACGGUGCAGGUCCCUAGUUUAAAUGUCUUUCCCAUCCUGGAGUCUUUGUCUUUGAAUAAUUUGGUGAGCCUAGAGAAGAUUUGUUAUGGGCGACUAACAACAGGGCCUUUCACCAAAUUAAGAAUAUUAAAAGUCGGAAGAUGCAACAGAUUGAAGAGUCUCUUCUCAUUCUCCAUGGUUAGAAACCUAUCUCAGCUUCAGGAGAUGACAGUAGAAUAUUGCCAGAACAUGGAAGAGAUUGUGAUCGAUCAAAGUGGCGUAGGAGAAGACAAUAUAGAAGUGGCUGAGUUCAGUCAAUUACGUUCCCUGACACUAGGAGCUCUCCCAGCGCUCAAAAGCUUUUGCUUGAAAGUGAAGGAGUCGGCGAGUGAUGAUGGAGGAUCCAAUGAAAUUGUGUUAGAGGAUGACGUUCAUAAUCCACGGCCACUUUUCGAAAAAAUGGAUUUGAAGUAUUUAUUUACAACUUCAUUUGUCAAAAGCCUUUUACGGCUCAAGACACUCUGGAUAACAGAUUGUGGGUUCAUGGAAAGGAUAGUUCUCACAGAAGAAUUCGCAGAAGAAGAGAGACUGGAUAAGAUAAUCUUCUCUGAUUUAGAAAAUUUGACUCUCCGGAGUCUUUCAAAUCUCACAAGUUUUUGCGAUGGGCAUUUCAUUGAAUUUUGCUCUCUGAUCGAUCUACAGAUAGACGAUUGCCCUGUGUUUAAGACUUUCGUCUCAAAUCGUCUAAGUCAAUCUCUUUUUGAUGAAAAGGUUUCAUUCCCCAACUUGGAGGAACUCUCUGUAAAGUCCAUAGGAUGUCAGGAUUUGAAGUAUUUAUUUACAACUUCAUUUGUCAAAAGCCUUUUACGGCUCAAGAGACUCAUGGAAAGGAUAGUUCUCACAGAAGAAUUCGCAGAAGAAGAGAGACUGAAUAAGAUAAUCUUCUCUGAUUUAGAAAAUUUGACUCUCUUCAAUCUUCCAAAUCUCACAAGUUUUUGUGAUCGUCUAAGUGGAUCUCUUUUUGAUGAAAAGGUUCAUGGAAAGGAUAGUUCUCACAGAAGAAUUCGCAGAAGAAGAGAGACUGAAUAA